GAGUAAAAACUAGUCAAGAAGGUGCAGGAUGAAAAGAUGGUCCGUCUGCUGGUACCGCCAGGUCCCCACUGCUUGCGGCGUCUCACUCGCGAGUCGUUGGCUGCUAUCGAGAAGCGGAUUGCUGAGGAACAGGCGGACAGAGCCAAUCAAGACCUCAAGGAGGAGAGCGAGGAGGAAACGCCCAGUCCUCACUGUGACCUGGAGGCGGGGAAACAGCUGCCACUCAUCUACGGGGACGUCCCCUCGCAUCUCAUUGGCCAGCCUCUGGAGGACCUCGAUACCUUCUACAGGAACAGGAAGACAUUCAUAGUACUGAACAGAGGAAAGACCAUUUUCCGAUUCAGCGCUAACUCCGCACUGUACAUGCUGACGCCUUUCCACCUUACUAGAAGGAUAGCUAUUAAAACGUUAGUACAUUCGUUAUUCAGUAUAUUCAUUAUGUGCACUAUUUUGACCAACUGUGUAUUCAUGGCGAUGUCAGAUCCCCCUCCGUGGACAAAGAAUGUUGAGUACACGUUCACUGGCAUUUACACUUUUGAAUCAAUGAUAAAAAUAUUGGCGAGAGGAUUCUGCGUUGAUCCAUUCACCUUUCUUCGAGACCCGUGGAAUUGGUUGGAUUUCAGUGUUAUUUUGAUGGCGUAUGUAACAGAGUUUGUAAACCUAGGCAAUGUUUCAGCACUUCGAACUUUCAGGGUGUUACGAGCUCUGAAAACUAUAUCAGUUAUCCCAGGUUUGAAGACCAUUGUGGGGGCUUUGAUUCAGUCGGUGAGGAAACUGGCUGACGUGAUGAUUCUCACCGUCUUCUGCUUAAGUGUCUUUGCCCUGAUCGGCCUCCAGCUCUUCAUGGGGAACCUGAGACAGAAGUGUGUGCGGGACUGGACCAUAGUCAACAACACCAAACUGGACCCCAACCAGAACAUCUCCUGGCCUUGGAACGAGACCUAUGAGGAGUUCAUCAUUAAUCCGAAAAACUACUUCCAUCGCGAUGGAGAUAAGGAUGCCUUGAUUUGCGGAAACAACUCAGAUACUGGGAAGUGCCCUGAAGGCUUCGCGUGCCUGAAGGCGGGGAGGAACCCAAACUACGACUACACCAGCUUUGACACGUUUGGUUGGGCUUUCCUGUCUCUGUUCCGACUGAUGACCCAGGAUUUCUGGGAGAAUCUCUAUCAGCAGACCCUACGCUCGGCUGGAAAGACCUACAUGAUCUUCUUCGUGGUGGUGAUCUUCCUCGGCUCCUUCUACCUGAUCAACCUGAUCCUGGCCGUCGUGGCCAUGGCUUACGACGAGCAGAACCAGGCCACCAUCGCGGAGAACGAGCAGAAGGAGAAGGAGUUCCAGAAGACCAUGGAGCAGCUUCGGAGGCAGCAGGAACAGGAGGAGCAGAUUUUGAGCGGCCUGGCAAACGAGACCAUGUCGAGAAGCUCCUCGGAGAGGUCCCAUUUGAGCGCAAGGAACGCCAAAGACCCCAAGAGCCACAAGACCAAGAAAGGGAAGUUCCUGGGAAGGUUAGAGGAGAGCAUGGACGAGGAAAGGGCCUUCAGGUCAACCUCAGUGGAAAGUCUCCCGCGGAAGCCUCUCACGGCUCCUCUGAUCUUCUCGAACCACCACCGGCCUCGAAGAGGAAGCAUAUUCCGGUUCCCGCCGCAGCCCGCUGACCUGGGCUCCGAGAGCGAGUUCGGCGGAGACGAGGGCAGCGCCUUCGAGGACGCGGGGAGCCGCCGGGGGUCUCUGUGCCCGCCCCUGCUGAACAGGACUAACAGCACCCACAGCUGGGCAAGCCAGAGGUCCGUGCCCGCCACCCCCACCCUCGCCCUCAACGGCAAGAAGAAAAAGCACAGCGCGGUGGACCAGAACGGAGUGGUGUCUGUGGUGGGGGUGCUGCCAGCCUCGCCCAGCCUCCUGCCGCUGCCACAAGUGAUUGUCGAGAGACCUGGCACAGAAGACCACUCUUCCCCGUCCGAUAAUGAAAUGAGUAAGAAACGUUUGCUGGUUGAUCAUUGCCUCUCCAUGGAUUACCUUGAGGAGUCCCACCGAAGAGACCGGGCGGUCAGUGCAUCCAGUGUCGUUACCAACACCAUGGAAGAACUGGAAGAAUCUCGUCAGAAGUGCCCUCGCUGCUGGUAUCACUUCUCCCAGACCUACCUGAUCUGGAACUGCAGUCCGCAGUGGAUCCGAAUCAAGAAGACGGUGAAGGUUAUCGUGAUGGAUCCCUUCCUGGACCUGAGCAUCACCAUCUGUAUCGUGCUCAACACCCUCUUCAUGUCCCUGGAGCACUACCCGAUGUCCAAGGAGUUCGAAAACAUGCUCCACGUGGGCAACCUGGUCUUCACCGGGAUAUUCACUGCCGAGAUGAUCUUUAAGAUCAUUGCCUUGGAUCCGUAUUUCUACUUCCAGCAGGGCUGGAACAUCUUCGACAGCAUCAUCGUCAGCCUGAGCCUCAUGGAGCUGGGCCUGGCCAACGUCGAUGGACUCUCCGUGCUGCGAUCCUUCAGGCUGCUGAGAGUCUUUAAGCUGGCAAAGUCCUGGCCGACCCUCAACACGCUCAUUAAAAUCAUCGGCAACUCGGUGGGCGCCCUGGGCAACCUGACUUUGGUGCUGGCCAUCAUCGUCUUCAUCUUCGCGGUGGUGGGGAUGCAGCUCUUCGGCAAGAAGUACCUCGACUGCGUCUGCAGGAUCGGGACCAAUUGCAAGCUGCCGCGCUGGCACAUGAACGACUUCUUCCACUCCUUCCUCAUCGUCUUCCGGGUCCUGUGCGGGGAGUGGAUCGAGACCAUGUGGGACUGUAUGGAGGUGGCUGGGAAGCCCCGGUGUAUCCUGGUCUUCAUGCUGGUCAUGGUGAUCGGGAACCUCGUGGUGCUCAACCUCUUCUUGGCCUUGCUGCUGAGCUCCUUCAGCGCCGACAACCUGAGCUCGCCAGACGAGGACGGGGAGAUGAACAACCUGCAGAUCGCGCUCGCCAGGAUCCAGCACGGAUUCUCCGUGGCCAAGGGCGCGGCGGGCGAGCUCUUCCUGGGCAUGUGCAAGCCCUCGGGCCGGGGACAGGGUGAGAAGGCCCUGGAGCUGCCCACCUGCCGGGUCAUUAGCCACCCGGGCGACGGGAAGCCCGUCUCGGGCAACGGGAACGAGAACGGGAACGGGACGGCGGUGGGGCUGGGGCUGGAGGCCGCGGCGGCUCCCGGGCUGACGGUGUGCGUGCCCAUCGCCGCUGUGGAGUCGUACUCGGAGUGUCGGGAGGACGAGGAGGAGCUGAGCACCUUCACCGAGAACGCAAUCAGCGAGGAGAAACUGGAUGAACUCUCCAGCAGUUCGGAAGGAAGCACGGUGGACCUGGAAAACGCUGGGGAUGCGGAUGAUCAGUAUUCUGAGCAAACGGAAGAGGCCGUGGACCCGGAAGAUUGCUUCACGGAAGUGUGCGUGCGCCAUUGCUCCUGCUGCCAGAUAGACACCUUGUCGGGGAUAGGCAGGCUGUGGUGGAACCUGAGGAAGACCUGCUUCAGGAUCGUGGAGCACAACUGGUUUGAAACCUUCAUCAUCUUCAUGAUUCUCCUCAGCAGCGGGGCUUUGGCGUUUGAAGACAUUUAUAUCGACAGCAAGAAGGUGGUGAAGAUUCUGCUGGAGUACACGGACAAAGUCUUCACCUACGUCUUCGUGCUGGAGAUGCUCCUCAAGUGGGUGGCUUACGGCUUCAAGAAGUACUUUACCAACGCUUGGUGCUGGCUGGACUUCCUCAUCGUGGAUAUCUCCGUGGUUUGCCUGUUAGCCACGGCUCUGGGUUACGACCAGUUGAGUGCUAUGAAAUCGCUCAGGACUCUGAGGGCACUGAGACCACUCCGAGCCUUGUCCAGAUUUGAAGGCAUGAGGGUCUCUUUAGUCAGCCUGGCAGCUAAUGCCCUGGGAUAUUCGGAACUAGGUGCCAUUAAAUCUCUACGGACCUUAAGAGCUUUGAGGCCACUCAGGGCCUUGUCACGAUUUGAUGGGAUGAGGGUGGUGGUCAAUGCCUUGAUCGGGGCCAUCCCCUCCAUCAUCAACGUCCUCCUCGUCUGCCUCAUCUUCUGGCUGAUCUUCAGCAUCAUGGGAGUGAACCUGUUCGCAGGGAAAUUCUACAGGUGCAAGAACAUGACCAGCGGGAUCCUCCUGCCCGUCCACGACGUCAACAACAAGACCGAAUGCCAGGCCCUGAAUAACACCGACAUCCGAUGGAUCAACGAGAAGGUCAACUUCGACAACGUCGCCUUGGGAUACCUCGCGCUCUUGCAAGUGGCAACUUUCAAAGGUUGGAUGAGCAUAAUGUACGCUGCUGUCGAUUCCCGAAACUUGAACGAACAGCCGGAAUACGAGUACAGCAAGUACUGGUACCUGUACUUUGUGAUCUUCAUCAUAUUCGGCUCGUUCUUCACUCUCAACCUCUUCAUCGGUGUCAUCAUCGACAACUUCAAUCAGCAGAAGAAGAAGCUUGGAGGUCAGGACAUCUUCAUGACGGAGGAACAGAAGAAGUAUUACAAUGCUAUGAAAAAGCUGGGCUCAAAGAAGCCCCAAAAGCCAAUCCCAAGACCUUCGAACAAAUUCCAAGGCCUGAUCUUUGACCUGGUCUCGAAGCAAGCCUUCGACAUCAUCAUCAUGAUCAUGAUUUGCCUGAAUAUGGUGACCAUGAUGGUGGAGAGCGACGACAUGGACAAGCAAACCAUCAAUAUCCUCUUCAACAUCAACAUAAUCUUCAUUGUCAUCUUCACCACCGAGUGCACCCUCAAACUCGUCGCCCUCCGGCAGUACUUCUUCACAGUGGGUUGGAACGUGUUCGAUUUUGUGGUGGUUAUACUCUCCGUUGUUGGUCUGGUCCUUUCCGAUCUGAUCAUUAAAUACUUUGUGUCGCCCACUCUCUUCCGAGUCAUCCGGCUGGCCCGUAUCGGACGUAUCCUUCGCCUUAUCCGGGGGGCCAAAGGAAUAAGGACCUUGCUGUUUGCCUUAAUGAUGUCCCUCCCCGCCUUGUUCAACAUCGGUCUGCUGCUUUUCCUGGUCAUGUUCAUCUACGCCAUUUUCGGCAUGGCCAACUUUGCCUACGUCAAGAAGGAAGACGGAAUCAACGACAUGUUCAACUUCGAGACCUUCGGCAACAGCAUGAUCUGCCUGUUCCAGAUCACCACCUCCGCAGGGUGGGACGGUCUCCUGAGCCCCAUCCUCAACAGCGACCGCCCGGACUGCGAUCCCACCAUGGUUCACCCGGGCAGCACCGUCAGGGGCAACUGUGGCAACCGGUCCGUGGGCAUCUUCUUCUUCGUCAGCUACAUCAUCAUCUCCUUCCUCAUUGUGGUCAACAUGUACAUCGCCAUCAUCCUGGAGAACUUCAGCGUGGCCACGGAGGAGAGCUCAGAGCCUCUGAGCGAGGACGACUUCGAGAUGUUCUACGAGGUCUGGGAGAAGUUCGACCCCGAAGCCACCCAGUUCAUUGCCUACAAGGCCCUGUCCAGCUUCGCGGACGCGCUGCAGGAGCCCCUGCGCAUCGCCAGGCCCAACAAGAUCAAGCUGAUCACAAUGGACCUGCCCAUGGUGAGCGGGGACAGGAUCCACUGCCUGGACAUCUUGUUUGCCUUCACCAAGCGGGUGCUGGGCGAGUCGGGGGAGAUGGACGCCCUCAAGCUCCAGAUGGAAGAGAAGUUCAUGGCCGCCAACCCUUCCAAGAUCUCCUACGAGCCCAUCACCAGCACCUUGAGGCGGAGGCAAGAGGAGGUGUCCGCCAUCGUCAUCCAGAGGGCCUACCGCAGGCACCUCCUGCGACGCUCCAUGAGACAAGCUUCCUUCCUGUACCGGCACCGAGCCAGCGACUGCGACUUCCUCGCGGAAAGCGCCCCGGAGAAGGAGGGGCUGAUCGCGGCCAUGAUCAACGAGCACUACGGCCCCAGGACAGAGCCGGUGGACACCAGCUUGUGCAUCUCGUCCCCUCCCUCUUACAACAGCGUGACCCAGGCCGCGGGCUGUGGGGCGGGGGCGGAGGAGGAGGAGAGCUCCGAGCAGGUCGAGGGCCGAACGGACUCUUUUACGGAGAGGACCCCCGGCAGAGACAGGGAGUCUUUGGUGUGA